AUGGCGACAAACGGGGAUUCUUAUCGAGCUUCAGGAUCCCUGGUGAAUGCAUCUGGUUACAAGUUUAGCGAGAAAGACACCAAGCCGGGAAAGAUGAAGGUUAAAAAAACCUCGAAAGCUAAGAAAAAAACAGACGACACAAAAGAUGCUCCUUUCGAUACCUCACCCACCGCCUCGCCCCUUCCGAAAGUGAGCGACAAACUUGCUCGGUUGUUCCCAACCGGUCGUCCUCGCGAAGAUGACCUUCUCGAAACUAUCAUCUGCAAGCACUGCAAGCGUCCUACCCUGAAACAGAUCUCCCUCGACCAUAUCCGCGGCUGCUUGAAGGCAAAGCAGGAGAAGGCGCGCAAGAAGAAAGAGAUCCGCGAUGCAGCCAAUCGCGCAAAGACAGGUGACAAGGACGAAGAAGAUUUCCGUGACAAGGCAGACAACGUGGGCGAUGAGACCGUGAAAGGUCAGAAGAGCGCGAAGAAGAGCGCCGUCGACCCCGAUGACCCCACUAGGAAGGGAAAGAAGCGCAAGGCCGAUGACGACGACAAGGAGCCUAAGAAGAAAAAGAAGAAGGACGAACCCAAGACCAAGUCUGCUAAACCAAAGGGUCCCGUUGACGUAGAGAAGCAGUGUGGUGUUACUUUGGCUAACGGUGCUCGGUGCGCGCGCUCUCUGACUUGCAAGAGUCAUUCCAUGGGCGCCAAGCGUGCUGUCCCCGGCCGCUCUUUGCCCUACGACAUGCUGCUUCAGCAGUAUCAGAAGAAGAAUCAAGCACGACAGCAAAGUAUGUCAAAUGACCUAUCCCAAAAUGAGAUCGAGAUACCCCCUACAGAGGGGGAGGCCGCUAUCGAUGCAAAUGCUCCAUUGCAAGACGAGAUUGACACAAAUGGACCCGUUGACUCUGACGAGGAAAGAGACUCAGUCAUGGCCGCUAUUGUCCGCUCUAAUCCGAAACCCAUAGUCGAACAUACUCUUAUCAGCACGCGAACCAAGUAUCGAUAUGUCCGUAUUAAGGAGCAGAUGCUUCAUGCUAUUGGAGGACGUGGUGGUGGCCUUUUUGGUGCUCCGGAUGACAACCAACCUCUGUUCGGUGGCCUUUUUUCGUCCUUUGAGGAUGUGGCUACGUCGUCGCCUAUGCUCCCCUCUACUGAACCCGUGGAUGCUUCCAUUGUCAAUGUUGGCAUGGAUGGAGCAAAGCGAACUUCAGUACAGGGCGCACGAAAGGUCCCUGCUGCUACUGGUUGA